CGUUUGUGAGAACUGUCAAAAUACAAUCCUCGCGCUUGGUUAUCGCGAUACUUCGCUAGACUAUUUUGCAACAAAUUUAUGUUAAAAAACAUUUUUAAAAACCAAGCCAAUUAACCACCACCCAUUCAGGAAGUUUAUGGGUUAUUGUAACGACUUCGAUCGUGAUAUGAGAAAGUGUCUGAAAGCAGAGCGACUACGGCGUCAAAAAGCUAACUUGGACGAAUCACGCGUACGCCACGCCGAAAUACGCAAUAGGAUACUGUUACAAGAACAGCAGGCACGCCAGUGACACGUUCACGCCAACAUGGAGCCUAACAUUCUUGAUUCUAUACCAGACAUGUCUGAAUAUAAAACAUUCACAGAGAGAUAUUUUACGAAAAGAUACAUAGUAAAUGCUGACAAUGUAAAGAACAAUGACAUUAUGAUAAUGUUCCAUUCAAAUAGAAUUGCAUUACUUACUCUUGCACCCAGCCAUUUCUUUUUCAAGAAGAAUGGAGAGUACAAAUUAGAUUUUACAAUAGGAAAAUUGGACAGAUUAAACAAUACAGUAAAGGGGAAAGGCAAGAAAGGUGGGCAGAAGCUUUUCCCACAGAGUGCUGUCUGCAAGAUUGAAUUUGCCGAUGGAACUAGUUUUAAAGUACCUUCUGGUAUGCGAGGAACUUUAGUUGAAAUUAAUGAAGAACUUGUCAAGGAACCAGAGCUACUAAAAAAAUAUCCUGACUCUGAUGGUUUCAUUGCUAUUAUAUUAUCAAGCAUUGCAGUCUCUGAAGCUACAAAGAAUGAACUGUUGACUCCUGAAGAAUACCUUAAUUCAAUUGAUAGUAGUAUAGACUAAAUAAUGUGCGCCUGGUAGAGCAGUGGUAAUGUAACUUACAAGAGUUAACAUUGUGACAAAGAAUAAUGCAAGAGUACAAAACAUUUUUAUACUCUACACAACAAUUUACUAAUAAAACCUGUGUAAAAAAUGUUGUUGUAUGGACCACUUUUACUCCAGGUGUUCAAACAUUAUGUAUCAGUAAACAUAUUUUUUGUUAA